CAGUAACAUGACGUCAACGUCACGUGAGCACGAUCUUUACGUAAAACGUAACGCACGUUUGGGUUUGGGAUUAGAGAGAUUACUAGCCGCUGUAGCUGAGGGAGCAUCAUGUUUCGUCCUAAACCCACCCUGAAGGACCGACAGCACCUUUAUAGGCUCAUCAUAGGCCAGCUGCUUCAUGACGGGUACACCAACAUCGCCAACAGCCUCAUCAACGAGGUCAAGCCUCAGAAUGUGGUGUCUCCGUCCGAGCAGCUGAUGCAGCUGGCUAAGAUCGGGUUGGAGAAUGAUGACAGUGCUGUUCAGUACGCCAUCGGACGCUCGGACACAGUGGCGCCUGGUGUUGGCAUCGAUUUAGAGUUUGAUGCAGACGUCCAGACCAUGUCCCCUGAGGCCUCUGAGUACGAGACCUGCUACGUCACGUCUCACAAGGGCCCUUGCCGUGUAGCCACGUAUAGUCGGGACGGUCAGCUCAUUGCCACCGGCUCAGCGGAUGCCUCCAUCAAGAUCCUGGAUACUGAACGCAUGCUGGCAAAGAGCGCCAUGCCUAUUGAGGUGAUGAUGAAUGAAACUGCACAGCAGAAUAUGGAGAAUCACCCUGUCAUUCGCACACUAUAUGACCACGUUGAUGAAGUCACCUGCCUCUCCUUCCAUCCCACGGAGCAGAUUCUGGCAUCUGGCUCAAGAGAUUACACCCUGAAACUGUUUGACUACUCAAAGCCUUCAGCAAAAAGGGCUUUUAAGUAUAUUCAGGAAGCAGAGAUGCUGCGUUCCAUCUCCUUCCACCCCUCUGGGGACUUUCUGCUGGUGGGAACACAGCACCCCACCCUGCGUCUCUAUGAUGUCAACACCUUUCAGUGCUUUGUGUCCUGCAACCCGCUGGACCAGCACACAGACACCAUCAGUGGUGUCGGCUACAACCCCUCUGCCAACACCUACGUCAGCUGCAGCAAAGACGGCAGCAUCAAACUGUGGGAUGGUGUCUCCAACCGGUGUGUGACCACCUUUGAAAAGGCGCAUGAUGGAGCCGAGGUGUGCUCUGCCAUCUUCUCCAAGAAUUCCAAGUACAUCCUGUCCAGUGGGAAGGACUCUGUGGUCAAACUGUGGGAGAUCUCAACAGGCCGUACCCUGGUCAAGUACACAGGUGCUGGUCUGAGCGGUCGUCAGAUGCAUCGCACACAGGGUGUGUUCAACCACACGGAGGACUAUGUGCUGCUGCCUGAUGAACGCACCAUCAGCCUCUGCUGCUGGGACUCGAGGACAGCUGAAAGGAAGAACCUGCUGUCUCUGGGUCACAACAACAUCGUCCGCUGUAUUGUCCACUCGCCCACUAACCCAGGCUUUAUGACCUGCAGCGAUGACUUCAGGGCCCGCUUCUGGUACCGCCGCACCACCACAGACUGAGUGCUCGGACUCCACCGAGGGAGGGAGUCACUCAGCAGCAGUUGGAGUUCAUUUGAAAGCAAAUCUUUAAUUUGUGGAACAAUUCUAAAUUCUGGUGGCAGAAGAGCUGACGGACAACCUGCAGAGAUGUUAGACUUCUUGUGAGUGGACCUGCCAACGUCGGAGGAUCACACUUUCAGUUAACACAAAACCAAUCUCCUCUCCCACCUGUAACACCAGCUGUACCCCUACAUGUUUGGUUUUUGUAGAUUUGCUUUGCUGUCGUCUUUUUCAAUAAAAAGCUAAAAGGAAGAA